UUUUCCAGAGAUCACGACAAGAUCUUGCCAGUCGCGCGUGGUCCCCGGCGCCGAAGCGGGCCAACCCAGCCCAGCCCAGCCCAGCCCCGCGCAAAGCCCCCUCCACCCCCGCGCCCAGAGCCGGGCGCCCCGGGCGGAGCGCGGGACGGGGAGCCGGGAGGAGCGGAGCCGCUGCCGCGCCCGCUGCCGGGGCCGUCCGUCCUCCGCGCGCGCCGCCGCCCGGGCCGGGGGUCCGAGCCGCGCGCCCCCGGCCCCGGCCCCCGGGCGCCUGGGCCGGAUGUCCCGAUGAGAGAGCCGGCGCUGGCAGCCAGCGCCAUGGCUUACCACCCUUUCCACGCGCCACGGCCCGCCGACUUCCCCAUGUCCGCCUUCCUGGCGGCGGCGCAGCCCUCGUUCUUCCCGGCGCUCGCGCUGCCGCCCGGCGCGUUGGCCAAGCCGCUGCCCGACCCGGGCCUGGCGGGGGCGGCGGCCGCGGCGGCGGCGGCCGCAGCGGCGGCCGAGGCGGGGCUGCACGUCUCGGCACUCGGCCCGCACCCGCCCGCUGCGCAUCUGCGCUCGCUCAAGAGCCUGGAGCCGGAGGACGAGGUGGAGGACGACCCGAAGGUGACGCUGGAGGCCAAGGAGCUGUGGGACCAGUACCUCAUUCGCGGCUCGGGCUCCGGCCUUGGCGCCACGCUUGGCUCCCGCGGACGACAAAAAAGGGCCCAGCCUGCAGAGUUAUCAGGAUCUUCUGGCAGUAGCAACCACAGGUCGGGGCCUGGGGCAGUGGGAAGAGGGCAGAUCGGGGACCACAGGAAACUCAGAAGCGACCUGCAGGCCCUGGGGUGCAGCGGGGGGAGUACAGCAGGGACAGAGGGGUCCUUGGAUGUCCAGGAGCGGGAUCCCAAUGGCAUCUCCCCCUCCCUCCUUCCUAGGCGCAUGUUCCCCCCCUUCAAGGUGCGAGUCAGUGGCCUGGACAAGAAGGCCAAGUACAUCCUGCUGAUGGACAUUGUGGCCGCUGAUGAUUGCCGCUAUAAGUUCCACAACUCCCGCUGGAUGGUGGCAGGCAAGGCUGACCCAGAGAUGCCCAAACGCAUGUACAUCCACCCGGACAGCCCGGCCACUGGGGAGCAGUGGAUGGCCAAGCCUGUGGCCUUCCACAAACUGAAACUGACCAACAACAUCUCUGACAAGCACGGCUUUACCAUCCUGAACUCCAUGCACAAGUACCAGCCGCGCUUCCACAUCGUGCGCGCCAACGACAUCCUCAAGCUGCCCUACAGCACCUUCCGCACCUACGUGUUCCCGGAGACCGACUUCAUCGCUGUCACUGCCUACCAGAACGACAAGAUCACGCAGCUGAAGAUCGAUAACAACCCGUUUGCCAAGGGCUUCCGGGACACCGGCAACGGCCGGCGGGAAAAAAGGAAACAACUGACGCUGCCGACGCUGCGCCUGUACGAGGAGCACUGUAAGCCGGAACGCGACGGCGCCGAGUCGGACGCCUCGUCCUGCGACCCUCCGCCCGCGCGGGAACCGCCGCCCUCCCCAGGCGCAGCGCCCAGCCCCCUGCGCCUGCAUCGGGCCCGAGCCGAGGAGAAGUCGUGCGCCGCAGACAGCGACCCGGAGCCCGAACGGCUGAGCGAAGAGCGCACCGGGGUGGCUCUAGGCCGCAGCCCGGCCCCGGACAGCGCCAGUCCCCCUCGCUUGACAGAACCUGAGCGCGUCCGAGAGAGGCGCAGUCCGGAGCGGGGCAAGGAGCCUGCCGAGAGCGGCGGGGACGGUCUGUUUGGCCUGCGGAGCCUGGAGAAGGAACGCGCAGAAGCCCGGAGGAAGGACGAGGGGCGCAAGGAGGCGGGAGAGGGCAAGGAGCCGGGCUUGGCGCCGCUGGUGGUGCAGACAGACAGCGCGUCCCCUCUGGGCGCCGGACACCUGCCCGGUUUGGCCUUCUCCAGCCAUCUGCACGGGCAGCAGUUCUUUGGGCCGCUGGGAGCCGGCCAGCCGCUCUUCCUGCACCCAGGACAGUUCGCCAUGGGCCCCGGCGCUUUCUCUGCCAUGGGCAUGGGUCACCUGUUGGCCUCGGUGGCAGGCGGUGGCGGCAAUGGCGGAGGCGCCGGGCCCGGGAGCGCCGCCGGGCUGGACGCAGGCGGGCUGGGUCCCGCAGCCAGUGCCGCGAGCACCGCCGCGCCCUUCCCGUUCCACCUCUCCCAGCACAUGCUGGCAUCUCAGGGAAUCCCAGUGCCCACUUUCGGAGGCCUCUUCCCCUAUCCCUACACCUACAUGGCAGCAGCAGCCGCAGCGGCCUCCGCUCUGCCCGCCACCAGUGCUGCCGCGGCCGCCGCCGCCGCCGCGGGCUCCCUGUCCCGAAGCCCAUUCCUGGGCAGUGCCCGGCCCCGCCUGCGCUUUAGCCCCUACCAGAUCCCGGUCACCAUCCCACCCAGCACUAGCCUUCUCGCCGCUGGGCUGGCGGCCGAGGGCUCUAAGGCUGCGGGCGGCAACAGCCGGGAGCCCAGUCCCCUGCCUGAGCUGGCUCUCCGCAAAGUGGGGGGCCCGUCGCGAGGUGCCCUGUCACCCAGCGGGUCCGCCAAGGAGGCGGCCAGCGAACUGCAAAGCAUCCAGAGACUGGUGAGUGGGCUGGAGAGCCAGCGAGCCCUCUCCCCCGGCCGGGAGUCGCCCAAGUGAAGGGGCCGACCAGCUGCCACGCAGGCCUCCCGGGCUGCCACCCCCGCUGCUUGGGACGUGCACAGCACAGAAUGGGUUAUUUAUUUAAAUAAAGGAGCAAAAGCGGGCUGCAGCGGCCAGACUAGAGCCUCCACUGGCCAGCCGGGGCAUGGGGCACUUCCCUGGCCCUCGACAGGGAAUCAGGUUGCCGGGAACAUGGUCACUUUGGGGCUCCUGGACUCGGUCCAGGUCCGCUCCAGCGUCAGAGUGGCAUCAGCGAGGUCUCUCUGGGCCUCCCACGCUGCUGGGCAGGCCUCUCCCCGGGCCCAGCGGUCCCUACGGAAGCCAGAAGGCGCAGGGGCCGGGGGUGGGAUUCUUGGAGGAAGCUCCGGAGGCCCUGGCCCUGGGCCUGGACCGCGUGAGAAACUGGGCUGCAGGGGGCCGGAGCCAGAAAACAAGUCAGUGUAGACUUAGGCUGGGAGGGGACCUGUCCUGUUGGUCUCCCACCUCUUCCCUGGAUAGACAGGCGCCCUUCCCACCCCUGCCUUGAGUCCCCAGGGGGGGAAAGAUAUUUAUGAAAUAAAUGGUAAUUUGUGUAAAUAAGCUUUAAGGUCCCCAGAAUAUGCAAAUUGGUAUUAAUUUAUUCAAAGGUGUACAUUGCUGUGUACAUAUAUUUAGAGAUUAACUCAUAGCAUUUAAAUUUUUUUUUUCAUUUUACAUGAGCAUCUAUAUUGUACAGGGCUGGGGGUCCCUGGCUGCGGGAGAAGGCCCCGCGCCAAGGAGGAGCCCCCCACCCCGCCGGCCCCUCGGCCCCUCCGCCCGGGCUGGGCUCGCCCGGCUCGCGGGCUCCACCUCAGGUUUUCACUUUUCGCUGCGGAGCGAGAACGAAACGACAAAAACGCGAGAAAACAAUAAAACGCUACCAUGCGAAGAGAA